AUGUCCGCCAACUACUGGGAGUCGACGCAGAAGCGAUAUUGGCUAUUUACCAAAGAUGAGCUCGCCCUGAUGCGACAGAAGCUGGAGGACGAGAACCCGGAGAUCGUGCGCAUGUUUCCUCUUCCGCAGCCAAGACACCUAGCCAUUUAUUUCAAUCAGCAGUUGCUCAGGCUGGGGAAGCGUCUCACCAUCCGCCAGCAGGCCAUGGCCACGGCGCAGGUCUACCUGAAGCGCUUCUACACUCGAGUCGAGAUCCGCCGCACGAACCCCUAUCUCGUCAUCACGACCGCGAUAUACCUGGCCUGCAAGAUGGAAGAGUCACCUCAGCAUAUCCGACUAAUCGUCACGGAGGCCAGACAGCUCUGGCAGGACUUCAUCGGGCUGGACACGUCCAAGAUUGGAGAGUGCGAGUUCUUCCUUAUCAGCGAAAUGAGCUCCCAGCUCAUCGUGUAUCAGCCCUACCGAAGCCUGCUGGCUCUGCGCAACGAGUUCGCCCUGGUGGACGAGGACGUGCAGCUCGCAAAGUCCAUCAUCAACGAUCACUACAUGACAGACUUGCCGUUUCUCUGCUCGCCUCACACCGUUGCGCUGGUAGCAAUCCUCUUGGCUCUGGUUCUGCGUCCCAAUUCCUCAGUUCCGGGACAGAACUCGUCCGGGGCCGCGGCUGCGGGCCUGGCUGCCGCACAGGCUGCGCUGAGCCAGGCGCACUCAGCUCGAUCAGGCCAAGGAGGCAUCCUCGCCGAAAUCCCGUCCACACCGGAAGUAAAAGAACGCCAUCAGGAAAACAGGAUAACUCGCGUUCAGCAUUUCGCGGCCUGGCUAGCCGAAAGUGACGUCGACAUUGCCGCCAUGGUGGACGCAACGCAAGAGAUAAUAUCAUUUUAUGAGUGUUACGAACAGUAUAACGACAAGUUUACUAGGGAGCAAAUCAACCGCUUUGUCAAGGCUCGGAAUCUCGAUAAGUAG